GCAAGUUAUUCAUGUUGCUUGCGCGUGUAUAUCACGCGCGAAAAACUCGAGAAUAGCCUCGUUUUGAAUAUUCCACAUGUCUCGAACUAAAAUGGCGGAAACGGCAGUUGAUUUCGAAGCAGAAGUGAGUGCAACAAAAAGCGAACAAGUCGCGGUCAUUCCUGGAUUGGGAGACUUACCAGUCUCUAAUAAUCAAGUGUUAAAAGGUAAAAAUCAGUCAGGAGACGAAAAUAGUCACACACUGCCGUGUGAAGACAGUGAUGACCCCAUGCGAGCUGGAGACAAACCGGACGCUUGUUUGCCGCCGCCAGCGAAGAAGAGAAGGCGAUCGACAAAGCGGAAAAGCGACUCUCUUGGGGCAAGUGAGGCGAAAAAUCCUUUGAUGCAACUGAACGAAAUACGACCUGGUCUUACGUAUGAUAUCACUGUUAAAGACGGUCAGACACAUUGCCCUGUGUUCUUCGUUUCUGUGAAUGUUGAUGGAAAUACCUUCGAGGGACAAGGCUCAAGUAAACAGAAAGCGAAGCACAAUGCAGCCGAGAACGUGUUAAAGUCUUUUAUUACUCAGAUCCGUUCACCCGCUCAUCAGUUGGUCACGGGAACUCGCGACGUUACCACAGACUUUACUUCCGAUAAUACUGGAUCACUUCUGAACAUAUUUGGUAAUGGCGAUCAGCCGAUGGAGGAUGAAGUUGUAAGUGAGAAUCCAGGUGAAUUUGGAGUUCCUCCAAAGGGUGUCACGAAAACUCCAAAGGUGCAAACUGAAGCCGGAAAGCAUCCAGUUUCGCUUUUAAAUGAGUUUCACCCGGGGCUUAGUUAUGAAUUUCUCGGUGAAGAAGGAGAACAAAAUGCGAAGCAAUUCAAAUUUAAAGUCACAAUCAACGGCCAAGAUUUCCUAGGACACGGUAGCAGUAAAAAGAAAGGCAAGGCCAAUGUUGCAUCUAAGGCACUUUUUGCAUUGUACAACAUCCGCACCUUUUAUGCAUUUGGCCAAUCAGAAGCAAGGCUGCAACCUGUGUACUUAGAACCUCCACCAUCAGCUCAACUGGAGCAGGUUGCCGCAGAUCUGAUUGCUGAUGCUGUUCUGGCCAAAUUUCAGAGUCUGCAGCCAACAGCAGGGGAACCAAUUAGACGCAAAGUUUUGGCUAGCAUCGUUAUGACAAGUCGAGGUGAAAGUGAACAAAAAUUCGAGGUCAUUAGCAUGGGAACUGGAACCAAGUUUAUAAGUGGAGAGUACAUCAGUGACCAGGGACUUGCAGUGAAUGAUUGCCAUGGGGAAAUAAUUGCUAGAAGAUCCUUCGUGCGAUUUUUGUACUCACAGCUUGAGUUGUGUGCAGAGGGAUAUGAAGACGAGUCCAUAUUUGAGAAGAAAAAGAGUGGAUUCUUUGGUGUGAGAGAGAAUGUGGAGUUCCACUUGUACAUCAAUACAUCGCCAUGUGGUGACGCUCGUGUUUUUUCUCCACAUGAGCCGAUCAUGGGUGAAUCUGAUAAGCAUCCUGGAAGAAAAAAAAGAGGACUUUUAAGAGUAAAGCUUGAAAAUGGAGAAGGCACUAUUCCUGCAAUGAAAGCUGACACAACCAUCCAAACUUGGGAUGGUGUCCUUCAAGGCGAGAGGCUUCGCACCAUGUCAUGUUCGGACAAAGUCUGUCGUUGGAAUGUACUUGGGGUGCAAGGGGCACUACUCAGUCACUUUCUCGAACCAAUAUAUCUACAGUCAGUUGUUCUCGGUAGCUUGUACCAUUACGAGCACAUGUCAAGAGCCAUGUAUCAUCGUCUUGGUGAUCUAGAAGGGUUGCCUCCUCUCUUCAAACAGAAUCGUCCACUCAUGAAUGGAACAAGUACCCCAGAGCCGCGCAUGACAGUGAAGUCGCCAAACAUUAGUGUCAAUUGGAGUGAAGGAGACCAGGGAUUUGAAAUUGUAAAUGCUACAAAAGGAGUGAUUGGAGAUGGACAGGCGGUGUCAAGGCUUUGUAAACAAAGUUUGUUCAAACGUUUCAUUGUGUUGUGGAAGAAACUAAGACCAGGAAUUACAGGGCCAUUGUCAUACCAUGGUGCCAAAGCAGCAGCUGGUCCGUAUCAAGCAGCUAAAAUGAUUGUGAUGAAAGGAUUUGAAAGCCAGGGUCUUGGUACAUGGAUAAGGAAGCCUGUGGAACAAGAUAUGUUUGAACUGUCUGACGAGGAUCUCUAAACUGAGAAGGUGGAGAUCAAGUUGUUGGAAGUGUUUCAGAAAGGAAAUAUGUGUCUAGUAAAAGUAGGUACUUUUGGUGCAGAACAUGGUAUUUCUUGCCUAACAUUUUCAAGUUUCUUCCCACAAGAAAUUACUUUAACUUCAAAAUGAUUGUAGUUUGCACCCUACUGAGUCAGGUUUUACAGGGAUUAUGAACACAGCAGAAAAGAAAGUUUUUAGUGAGAUCCCUUUUUAGAUGUACUUAUAUGGAGCAUUUGGUAAAGAUCUCAGUCAAGGGACGUUAUAGAUAUUAUCAAGACUGUGAAGUUUCAUUUUCAUCUCUGUUUCAUUAGAAUGCCUUUUAAUAUUCCACAUAAAGAUCAUACAACUUUUUGCAGGUGUAAAUUUUGUCAUCCUUCUUGAAAAGAAGUUGCAUAUAGGCAGUCCUUUGUAUAGUCAUUUAAGAUUCUAAGAAAAUUCCCAGUAAAUUAAGUAUGUUCACACAGCUUAUAGUGAUCUAAGCAUUUUGUUUCUAAAUAUCUUUUUCAAUGUCUUUCAUGUUUGUAGACAAUGUAAACUAAGAAACUUGGUCCAAAGGGUCCAAUAAAGUUUAGCUAUGUAUAAAACAAGGAAGAACUGGACGUUUACUUAGUUGGAUGGCAAACUGUUGUCUCCUGUUUUUUGUUUGUUUGUUUUUUUAAAUUUACUUACCUUUCUCAAAAUAUUUUUCACUGGCAUUAAUUUGAGGUUGUUGAUUACUUAUGGACCAGCUAUUAAAUGGUUGAGAUGCACAGAAACUUAUUAAAUUGAAAAAAAAAAAGGA